CGUAAAACAGACAAGUUGAUUAAUGUAUCGUUGACAAGCAGCACACAGUUAAUAAUAAAGCAAUGGGCGGGGCAAAAGGAGAAGCAGCUAUUUACUUCACCACUUGCUAAUAUGGUUACAAGAGGAGCAUAGGUAAGAAUUACAGUCUGUGUUGGACUGUAACUGCAGACGAUGAAGCUUUUAUCUCUUAUCUCAGACCACUUGUUGCUCUGUGUCUUCCUGAGUCUACUUUGGGGUACAACUGACUCCACUACAACAGUCACAGCGACAGUGACAACAAGAGUGACAGCAGGACAAACCAAAACAGAAAGAACCACAAGACUAACAACCAAUCCGCUGACAGCUACAACACGAAAACCCACUCCAGUGGAUCCCACAACACAAAAAACUACUUCACUGGCUCCUGAACUACGAAACAACCUUUCAACAACACAACUAACUAAUCCGCUGACUUCAACAGAACAAACAAUUAUAUCUACAACAACAAAAGCCUCGCCAGAUAAUGUCAACAGAGUGAAUGUGACCACACAAAAUGAGAGUAGUAUAACUCUGACCUGGAACAAGGUUAACAACAUCCUAACAUACAUCCUGCAAUAUGGUCAUAGAACAGAAGGUAUUAAUAAAACUGAAGAAGGACCCAUAGUACAUGUGGUCACUCCUCUGACUGCUGGAACAAACUACACAUUCACUCUCUUCACGUCUGAUGGACUCAACAGCAGUGGAUACAGAUUCAGUGCUGUGACAGCUCCUAAUAACACUGAAGAAUUUAAGGCUGUUUAUCAAAAUGAGACCAGCAUAACUCUGAUGUGGAAAGCAGUCCCCAACAUUGACAGUUAUCUACUUGUGUUUAAUGGAAGAGAGAUCAACAUUAGUAAUUCUACAGAAAAAUACACAGUCCCAAAUCUGACCAGUGGAACCAGAUACAAUUUCACUCUCUUCACUGUGUUUGGAAAUGUCAGCAGCAGUGGAGUAAACUGCAUCGCAGUCACUGCUCCUCGUAACACUGAAGAAUUUAAGGCUGUUUAUCAAAAUGAGACCAGCAUAACUCUGAUGUGGAAAACAGUCCCCAACAUUGACAGUUAUCUGCUUGUGUUUAAUGGAAGAGAGAUCAACAUUAGAAAUUCUACAGAAAAAUACACAGUCCCAAAUCUGACCAGUGGAACCAGAUACAGUUUCACUCUCUUCACUGUGUUUGGAAAUGUCAGCAGCAGUGGAGUAAACUGCAUCGCAGUCACUGCUCCUAAUAACACUGAAGAAUUUAAGGCUGUUUAUCAAACUGAAACCAGCAUAAAUCUGAUGUGGAAAGCAGUCCCCAACAUUGACAGUUAUCUGCUUGUGUUUAAUGGAAGACAGAUCAACAUUAGUAAUUCUACAAAAGAAUACAGAGUGUCAGAUUUGACCAGUGGAACCAGAUACAGUUUCACUCUCUUCACUGUGUUUGGAAAUGUCAGCAGCAGUGGAGUAAACUGCAUCGCAGUCACUGCUCCUAAUAACACUGAAGAAUUUAAGGCUGUUUAUCAAAAUGAGACCAGCAUAACUCUGAUGUGGAAAGCAGUCCCCAACAUUGACAGUUAUCUGCUUGUGUUUAAUGGAAGACAGAUCAACAUUAGUAAUUCUACAAAAGAAUACAGAGUGUCAGAUUUGACCAGUGGAACCGGAUACAGUUUCACUCUCUUCACUGUGUUUGGAAAUGUCAGCAGCAGUGGAGUAAACUGCAUCGCAGUCACUGCUCCUCGUAAUGCUGACAAAUUUAAGGCUGUUUAUCAAAAUGAGACCAGCAUAACUCUGAUGUGGAAAACAGUCCCCAACAUUGACAGUUAUCUGCUUGUGUUUAAUGGAAGAGAGAUCAACAUUAGUAAUUCUACAAAUGAAUACAGAGUCUCAGAUUUGACCAGUGGAACCAGAUACAGUUUCACUCUCUUCACUGUGUUUGGAAAUGUCAGCAGCAGUGGAGUAAACUGCAUCGCAGUCACUGCUCCUAAUAACACUGAAGAAUUUAAGGCUGUUUAUCAAACUGAAACCAGCAUAAAUCUGAUGUGGAAAGCAGUCCCCAACAUUGACAGUUAUCUGCUUGUGUUUAAUGGAAGACAGAUCAACAUUAGUAAUUCUACAAAAGAAUACAGAGUGUCAGAUUUGACCAGUGGAACCAGAUACAGUUUCACUCUCUUCACUGUGUUUGGAAAUGUCAGCAGCAGUGGAGUAAACUGCAUCGCAGUCACUGCUCCUCGUAAUGCUGACAAAUUUAAGGCUGUUUAUCAAAAUGAGACCAGCAUAACUCUGAUGUGGAAAGCAGUCCCCAACAUUGACAGUUAUCUGCUUGUGUUUAAUGGAAGAGAGAUCAACAUUAGUAAUUCUACAAAUGAAUACAGAGUCUCAGAUUUGACCAGUGGAACCAGAUACAGUUUCACUCUCUUCACUGUGUUUGGAAAUGUCAGCAGCAGUGGAGUAAACUGCAUCGCAGUCACUGCUCCUAAUAACACUGAAGAAUUUAAGGCUGUUUAUCAAAAUGAGACCAGCAUAACUCUGAUGUGGAAAGCAGUCCCCAACAUUGACAGUUAUCUGCUUGUGUUUAAUGGAAGAGAGAUCAACAUUAGUAAUUCUACAGAAAAAUACACAGUCCCAAAUCUGACCAGUGGAACCAGAUACAAUUUCACUCUCUUCACUGUGUUUGGAAAUGUCAGCAGCAGUGGAGUAAACUGCAUCGCAGUCACUGCUCCUCGUAAUGCUGACAAAUUUAAGGCUGUUUAUCAAAAUGAGACCAGCAUAACUCUGAUGUGGAAAACAGUCCCCAACAUUGACAGUUAUCUGCUUGUGUUUAAUGGAAGAGAGAUCAACAUUAGUAAUUCUACAAAUGAAUACAGAGUCUCAGAUUUGACCAGUGGAACCAGAUACAGUUUCACUCUCUUCACUGUGUUUGGAAAUGUCAACAGCAGUGGAGUAAACUGCAUCGCAGUCACUGAUAGUGCUCCUAAUAACACUGAAGAAUUUAAGGCUGUUUAUCAAAAUGAGACCAGCAUAACUCUGAUGUGGAAAGCAGUCCCCAACAUUGACAGUUAUCUGCUUGUGUUUAAUGGAAGACAGAUCAACAUUAGUAAUUCUACAAAUGAAUACAGAGUCUCAGAUUUGACCAGUGGAACCAGAUACAAUUUCACUCUCUUCACUGUGUUUGGAAAUGUCAGCAGCAGUGGAGUAAACUGCAUCGCAGUCACUGCUCCUCGUAAUGCUGACAAAUUUAAGGCUGUUUAUCAAAAUGAGACCAGCAUAACUCUGAUGUGGAAAACAGUCCCCAACAUUGACAGUUAUCUGCUUGUGUUUAAUGGAAGAGAGAUCAACAUUAGUAAUUCUACAAAAGAAUACAGAGUCUCAGAUUUGACCAGUGGAACCAGAUACAGUUUCACUCUCUUCACUGUGUUUGGAAAUGUCAGCAGCAGUGGAGUAAACUGCAUCGCAGUCACUGCUCCUAAUAACACUGAAGAAUUUAAGGCUGUUUAUCAAACUGAAACCAGCAUAAAUCUGAUGUGGAAAGCAGUCCCCAACAUUGACAGUUAUCUGCUUGUGUUUAAUGGAAGACAGAUCAACAUUAGUAAUUCUACAAAAGAAUACAGAGUGUCAGAUUUGACCAGUGGAACCAGAUACAGUUUCACUCUCUUCACUGUGUUUGGAAAUGUCAGCAGCAGUGGAGUAAACUGCAUCGCAGUCACUGCUCCUAAUAACACUGAAGAAUUUCAGGCUGUUGAUCAAAAUGCGACCAGCAUAACUCUGAUGUGGAAAACAGUCCCCAAGAUUGACCAUUAUCUACUUGAGUUUAAUGAAAACAAGAUCAACAUUAGUAAUUCUACAGAAAAAUACACAGUCCCAAAUCUGACCAGUGGAACCAGAUACAAUUUCACUCUCUUCACUGUGUUUGGAAAUGUCAGCAGCAGUGGAGUAAACUGCAUCGCAGUCACUGAUAGUGCUCCUAAUAACACUGAAGAAUUUAAGGCUGUUUAUCAAAAUGAGACCAGCAUAACUCUGAUGUGGAAAACAGUCCCCAACAUUGACAGUUAUCUGCUUGUGUUUAAUGGGAGAGAGAUCAACAUUAGUAAUUCUACAAAUGAAUACAGAGUGUCAGAUUUGACCAGUGGAACCAGAUACAGUUUCACUCUCUUCACUGUGUUUGGAAAUGUCAGCAGCAGUGGAGUAAACUGCAUCGCAGUCACUGCUCCUCGUAAUGCUGAAGAGUUUAACAAAAAUGGACAAGAUGAGACCAGCAUAACUCUUCAAUGGAAAACAGUCCCCAACAUCGACAAUUAUCUACUUGCGUUUGAUAAAACAGAGAUCAACAUUAGUAAUUCUGCAGAAGAAUACAGAGUGUCAGAUUUGACCAGUGGAACCAGAUACACUUUCACUCUCUUCACUGUGUUUGGAAAUGUCAGCAGCAGUGGAGUAAACUGCAUCGCAGUCACUGCUCCUCGUAACACCGAAGAAUUUAAGAAAAAUGGACAAGAUGAGACCAGCAUAACUCUGGGGUGGAAAACAGUCCCCAAAAUUGACAAUUAUAUUCUUGCAUUUAAUGAAAGACAGAUCAACAUUAGUAAUUCUGAAAAAGAAUACACAGUCUCAGAUUUGACCAGUGGAACCAGAUACAGUUUCACUCUCUUCACUGUGUUUGGAAAUGUCAGAAGCAGUGGAGUAAACUGCAUCGCAGUCACUGCUCCUCGUAACACCGAAGAAUUUAAGAAAAAUGGACAAGAUGAGACCAGCAUAACUCUGGAGUGGAAAACAGUCCCCAACAUCGACAAUUAUAUUCUUGCAUUUAAUGAAAGACAGAUCAACAUUAGUAAUUCUACAGAAGAAUAUAGAGUGUCAGAUUUGACCAGUGGAACCAGAUACACUUUCACUCUCUUCACUGUGUUUGGAAAUGUCAGAAGCAGUGGAGUAAACUGCAUCGCAGUCACUGUUCCACCAGUGGUGCCUUGGGUCAGUGUGACUGAACGAUUUACUAACAGCAUAACUCUAGAGUGGGAGAACAUGAAUAAAGCCUGGGAAUACCAGCUUCAAAUCAAUGGUGGUGUGUCAGGUACUGUGUCAGGCAGAUCCACAGAUACUAUCAGAAAAGUAGUGACAUCUCUUCAGCCUGGAACAGAGUAUGAUUUCAGCUUAACCACAGUGUUCGCUGGACUCAGGAGCACUCCUUAUACGAGUUUCACAGUAACAGCCAUAGACUGUGCCAGUGCAGACUGGAAAGUUACCAACUCAUCAAUCAAAGCAAAGAUUGAAGGCUUGUUUUCUAAAGCAACCGCCCAUUAUAGAUCUAAGGUUUAUGUCAGUGAUGGACAUGAAUAUAUGUCGUUUAGUGGACUUUACCCUGGUGCCACCUAUCAGAUAUCUCUUGUCUAUGAAAAGUCUUCCAGAGUUUUCCUGCAGUGUGAACACAAAUUAACAAUUCUUCCUCCUAAUCUAAAUGCUCACUGUGAGUACUGGGCAGCUGGAUACUCUGUUCUUAUUAAAUGGACAGACCCAGAGGGCGAGUGGACUAAUGUGGAGGUGAAUGUGACUGGAAAGACUCACACAGUAGCUAGUCCUGAAACUAAAAUCAUAAUCGAUGGAUUCCAACCUGCCAAAAAAUUUAAGGUGUCUGUAACUUCACUGUCUGGGCUGAGGAGGAGUUCUGAACCGCAUGUUUUUUACUGUCAGACUGAUCCAAGGGGGUCAUUUGUGCUGAGACUCUUCCGCCAUCUAGUGGUCUUCAGUCCUUACUGCUUUUCUACUGGUCUGCUUCUGUCUAUCUACUGGAGCAGGAAGACGGCAAACAAACCAGAUGUCUCCAUGGAGAUGACCAAGUGCGAUGGAGGAGGUGAUGAAUUAUAUGAAGACUAUGACGAUGUCACAGUGCUUGGCACCGAGCAUGACUUCUAAGCAGAAGAGACCAGUUAUGUACUUGGUUAGUUUGAAAACUAGAUAAAAAUAUUCAUUGUACAAGUACUCAGCUUAGAUGAAAAAGUACUCAGU